UACCGGCUAUACCACAGUAGUACACUUCCACUGCAUAUACAGUACCCAUCCCCCGCAUAUCUCAUCAGCCCCGCGCGAGAACAACCCUUAUCAAGAGCGAAAAAGGGAGAAGGAAGCGAUUGUUCCUCAAUAUCACACAUCAACAAGACAUAACAGUUCCAAUCCUCACCCGAAAUGCCGUCGUCGCAAGUUCCACUGAAUAGGGCCGACUCAAUGCAGAGACUCCAACUGUUGACUUGUCAACAAGAGGUUCUUCGCCGCCGUCUCUCCCUCCAAAUCCCCGCAGGAGCUGCCUUGGACUCCCCAUCAGCACUGACUUCGCUAUCCUCCACUCCCUCAAGCCGUCACACCUCAGGCACCUGGUCUUCGGCAGAAGAGCUCGACAACUCGGCACCUAUCCCAGCGCACCCCAGAGCCGGAUACACCAAGGCCCCACCCAUAGAACCCUCCCAGGUGGACGACAGCUAUCGGCUGCGCCAGGUCAACGAGCAGAUCAAAGCCACCCUCACCGAACUCCUCAACACCGACUCGGCCCGCAGCGACGAGAGGUUCCGCGCCUGGGUCCAGGAACGCCUCUUGGACGUCGAGCAGCAGAUCCGCAAGCAGCGCCGCAGACACUCGGGCAGUGACCGCGAGAUGGCCGACGCCAUCGCCAUGCACAUCAGCCUUGACAGCUGUGGGCCCCGGCGGUUGUCGUGUCAUUGACAGACGGCUACGACGUUAUGAUACCCCAACUGCUGGCAACCCGUAAACUAGAAUGGAGCACGAUGCAUAGCCAUGGAUUCUUUCUACCACAGCACGAG